CGAAAAUCAUAAUUUUUAAUAAUUUCUGAAUUAUUCCUUGAAGUUAUGAGCUACAGAACAACAUGAUUUGUGGAAUUAUUCUGAUUUUGUGCCUGCUUUUGGCCCUUCAAUACCCCAUAGAUGCCAAUCAAACUUAUAAUUUCAUGAAUGCAGAAGAAAUGUUGCAUUUGAAAGAAAUCUAUAAGCAAAUUGACAAAUUAGAGCAGCUGAAUAACAAACAUUCAGCUGCCUGCACCUUAGGUUCAGACAACUAUUUAAAUGUACUAAUUUCAGGAGCCAGUGAUAUGAUAGCGAUCUAUGACACAAUGGAUUGGAUCUCAACUCAUUACGAGGACAUGAGACGAUUCGAAAGGGGUAGAUUUGAAAACGAUACCCAAGUGAAUAUGGCUAAGGUCCAGCUAAUGACAAGCCACGGCGAGAAUCACCAAGCUGUGGAAGAGGUUUACCUCAAACUCUUCGGAAAAGACGAUCUAAUUGGUCAACUGGCCAGAGAUAAUCAGAAGUACCACAUCUAUACUUGCAAAACGCCUCAGUCACCACAGCAAUUUCUAUACACGUUUUAUGUGGAUUACGUUAUAUUCGAACUGAAGGCCCACGCCUUGGUAGAGUGGGCUUGGAUGUUGCUCAGAAAGUUCGGAUUGGGAGGAUCCAUCGAGGAGGAGAAUGAGAGUCGGAAAGCCUACAAGCGGAGGACAUCAGGCACUCUGUCGAAGAUCAAGAAGUUGAUGAGCCAAGCAGAUCGCUCCGUUUGGCGUUGUGACCCAAGGUACCACAAACUCGGGGUCACCUAUGAGGAGGUCACACGGCUUCUUCAGGGUUACAUAGAGAACGAGGUGGACCUAAACAGCGAUGAAACAUGCAGACAUGAUUGUGGAUACUACACAUCCGCCAAAAACGAGGGCUGCUUCGAUAAUAAGUUCUGUGCUAGGCAACCAAAAUGCUCAGGUGGAGUUCACGACUGUCGCUUUGUAGAAUCCGAUAUGGAGAUUUGUCAAGCGGGAGAGAACUCCAACAGGCGAUACGAGUUCAUCCAGUACAAAAGUGGACAUCUUCACGGACGAAAAGGAUCAUGUGGCACAUGGUUAAACAGAGCCAAAAGUUGGAACCGUUGGAUUUUCAUUAGGUGCAGCUACUGCGUUUGCUUGUGUGAUGAUCAAAGCCCCAAGUCAGAUCGCUAUUUCAAUCUGCGACCAGUGAUCGCAGAUGUGGACAACAAUAGAGUCGUGACGGGCCUUCGAUUCGUAAAGAUAAAUCGCAUUUUUCACCUGCAGAUUCAGGAAGGCGAACUCCUGCCACUCGGAGUCAUCAAUGAGACCACUAUUCAGUGGAAACCCGUGGAUGCGUACACCAUAACCGAUAAUGAUGUGAAGGAAUCCGUUGACUUCCACAUGUUGACAUACGAGAAGCGAUCCAUAGAUCUUGGUGAGCUAAAAGUAGAGAACAACUCGGUGGUUACCGGACUGAGGUUUCAAGUGGUCGGAACCCAUCUACAAAUGCAGGCCCAAUUCAGCAGAGUUAAUUUUGAAAGCGGAAAGCUUAUCGAGCCGACUAUAACGAGUUUUUGGAUAUCCGGAGCAGAGAAUCAACAAAGGGAGAGUUUGCCCUUGAAGGGCGUCGACUUGCCCACAGAAUCCUUCUUCCCAUCGACACCUUAUCCAAGUGACAAUCAGUUCAUAGAAUUCACCAACACGGGCUUUGAGCAGGAUGCUGCCCAGACUACAGUGCCCUAUAUCGACAUACAGGACGUGGUUUCUGACCCAGUGGUCCCGCUCUCUGGAAUUGGAAUUUACUAUAAGGGAGAGGAUGGAUAUGGUGGAUUUUUGGGACCCAAGAUCAUCACCUAUGACUUUACUCCAUACGUCCAGUUGCCCUCUUGGGAGAUUAUGAAUUCCAAAAAGUUGGAUUAGGUUCACACUCAC